AUGUCCACCUUGGCGGAGAGUUUUCUCGCGGAUUUAGACGCGCUGAGCGAUGCGGAGGACGACCGAGGCGCGGACGCGCACGGCGACGCGCGCGCGGACGGGGGCGAGGACGGGACGACGGUGGCGGGCGAAAGGAUGAUGGGUGGGGAAACGCUGCGAGCCUCCGACGACGUGGACGAUGUCUCGACGCUCAGGACGACGGAGAGAUACAGAGAGAUCACGUCGGCGGUGGAUGAAGCGCUGAGGAAGCGUGAAAACGCGAUGGAGACGACGGAGAGUGGGAAAGCGCUCGGGGCGGUGGACCGCGGGGCGGAGGCGCUCGUGAUGAAGUGCAACGCGCUCACGGUGGAGGUGGAUAAUGAGAUCGCGAUCGUGCACAGAUUCAUCAAGGAUAAGUACAAGAAGAAGUUUCCCGAGCUCGAGUCUCUGGUGUUGCACCCGAUCGAUUACGCGCGAGUGGUGAAGGCGAUCGGGAACGAGACGGACAUCAUGGGCGUGGACCUCGACGGCGUCCUCCCUUCGGCGACCAUCAUGGUGGUGAGCGUCACGGGAUCGACCACAUCGGGCGUGCCUCUGAGCGAGAGCGAUUUAGAGAAGACUCUGAUCGCGUGCGAUAGGGCGUUGGAGCUGGAUGAGUCGAAAAAGAAGAUGUUCAACUACGUGGCGACGCGCAUGGCGGACACGGCGCCAAACCUGAGCGCCGUGUUAGGAAGCGACAUCGCCGCGCAGCUCAUCGGCAUAGCCGGUGGUUUGCACGCCCUAUCGAAAAUGCCGGCGUGUAACGUGCAAGUUUUGGGAUCGAAGAAGAAAAAUACGGGCGGAAUGUCGAGUGCGUCCGCCAUACGCUCUGGGGACAUGCACGCCGGAUACAUUUACGACUGCGACAUCAUCCAGAAGAAAACGCCCCCGGCGUGGCGAAGCAAGGCUGCGCGCCUGAUUGGGGCGAAGUGCACACUCAUGGCGCGCGUCGAUGCCUUCGGUCAGGCGCCCGAUGGAUCGAUGGGUCAGAAAUUUGCGGAAGAAAUUAUCAAGAAGAUUGAGAAGUGGCAAGAGCCGCCACCCGCGCGCACGGCAAAACCGCUUCCUGCGCCCGGAAUCGAGGCGAAGAAGCGACGCGGUGGUAAGCGAGCUCGAGCGCUAAAGGAAAGGUACGGAAUUACGGACAUGCGCAAGGCUGCCAAUCGCGUCAACUUCAACGAAGUGGAAGAGGUUGGCUACGACGGCGAAGGCCUUGGUUUGUUGGGUUCAUCCGCGGGCUCAGCGGCCAUCGCUGGAAGGUUGCGACUGCAGGCCAAGGCGGCAAAACUCAUCAAAACAGAUAACAAAGGUGGUAAGUCGACUUUUGCGAGCACGUCUGGCACCGCUGGGACGGCGUCUAGCUUAGCCUUCACACCGAUUCAAGGUAUCGAGCUCGUGAAUCCGAACAGAGUACAAUCGGAUGGACCCGUUUCCGGCACCGAUUCCGUCUUUUCGGAGCGCCGCGGUUUCUCCAACGUCGCGCGUCAGCUCAAGCGGUGA